AUGUAUAUUUUUUUUUUUAGUUGUAAUAAUAAUAAGAAAAAUAAAAGUGAAAUAAGGCAAUCACCUAAAUCAUAUAGAAUUGAUACAGUUACAAUUCAAUCACCAACAUUAAUAUCUAUGAAACAUAAUGAUAGAAAUAAUAUAAAGGUAGAUGAAAUUAAAUGUCCAAGUGUUUGUAUGCCUAAAUGUACAACAAAAUGUUUAAAAGCAUAUAUUUUUUUAAAUAAUCCCAAUUAUCCUUUUAAUAUGAAUCCUAAUAAAUAUUCAGCUAAAUCAAUAUCAGAGGCAGUUCCGUUAUGCCAUCCACUUUGUAUGCCAAAAUGUCACGAUAGUUGUUUAGAUGAGAUAUCCUCAGAUGAUUUAAGAUCUCCAAGACCAUUAGUAUGUAGAGAAGCUUGUAUGCCUAAAUGUUCUCCAGCAUGUGUUGCAUCACCACCAUCAAUAAUACCAUGUGAAAGACCAUUAAUGGAUCCUAAAAGAUGCGAUUGUUCACCUGGAUAUGUACAAUGUUCUGAGAAAACAUGUUGUAUGAGAUAUAAAAAAAUGGCAAUAAAAUAUCGAAAUUUAUUACCUAGUUAUUUAGAUGCAGAUGAUGAAAUUAAAAAAAAUUUAGAUAAAAAUGAUUUAUUUUUAGCAAAAGAUGGAUUAGUUCCAGAUAAUUAUAUAAAUGGUAAUGAAACAAAUAUUUAUAUUAAUUUAUUAAAACGUUUAUGGAAUAUGGAUAUGGAUAAUAAUAAAAAUAAUAUGGGAGUUGCAAAAUUAUUUAAUUCCCAAUUUGAAGAAGGAUCUGGAAUAGAUAUUUAA